AAUAAAAAUUAAUAUUUUUGGAGUCGAUAAUCGAUAAAUUUUUUUCGUCUAAAAUUGCGGUGUUCUAUUUUUAAGAAUUAAUAUAACAAGUGAAUAGUGUCGAAAUAUCAAUGCAUAUAUUUUUAUAAAUAAUAGACAGUAUAUACAACAGACUUUAAGGAAAAACUGUAAAGUAAAAUAAAAAUAGACUAAAAGUGCUAAAAUAUUAAUAUAUGUUAUGAAUAGUGAGCGUGCCUAUUUUUUCUGCUUAAUCGAUCUCUGGUGACCAUUUUUAUUCUAUAAUACCAAGUUCCAGGCUUAUUGUUUCGCAUGCCGUAACUAUCAACGAAUGAAGAAGGAUGACGAGACAAUCAAGGGGGGUCUUAAUGAUCCUGAGUCUGUUGAGUGUAACACUGAAUGUGAAGUCGAGUAUCACAGACUCAUCGGAAGCGGAAUUAAUCGACGAGACAGAAAUAAUAGCAACGACGACGAAGCGUACGUUGCCCGAUCGCUGUUUGGUGAAAACAGACACCGGUCCUUGCAAAUAUUAUAUUCACAAAUGGACGUUCAACAAAGCCGAGAAUAAAUGCAGAACUUUUGUUUACGGAGGCUGUUUAGGAAACGAAAACAGAUUCAACUCUCAGCUAGAAUGUCUGCAUUAUUGUAUCGGCGGUCCCAAUUAUACUCUGCCAUCUUAUAUGGUGACAAAAGGAAGCGUUUUUGUUACAACGAGUACUACUACGACAAGUACUGUGCCUACAACGACGCCAAGCACUCCUUCACCUACAUUUAUCCCUCCAGAACCGACGAGACCUCCGGUUCCAAAACACAAACGAGGAAAGGAAUUAACAUUCAUGGAAUCUGGUUACGAAAAAACAUUCAUGUUCGCCCAAAGCAAUACAUUCAUUCAACUCGACGGAAGUGGAAUAAAAACAUUUCAACUGCGUUUGUGCCGCGAAAUAUCCUUCCAAUUUCGGACGAAACUCCCCCAUGGACUUUUGGUCUACCACAGUGUAAAAGAUCGCCCAGAAAGCUUGGACCCAUAUGCUCUGUACGUAAUUGUAGAAAAAGGACAACUUAAAGUCGUCCACGUGUUUGGCAAAGCUUCUACGAGUUUAACCGUCGGAGAGGGCCUCAAUCGCGACGAAUGGCAUAGCGUUCUUGUACGUAUAGACGUUCACGGUGCCAAAUUAAUCGCCCGUGUCGAUGAUAAACAAGAAGAAACUACUCUUGAAGUUCUAGAACGUGUCAUAAAUUACGGGGUCUCGGAAGAUCUUGCAUCGGUCGUUCUUAUCGGCGGAUUGAGUUCAGAAGAAAGAUUACAUGGUGUUAAAUAUAUCAUUGAAUCUUUCGUAGGAUGUAUCAAAGAUAUGGUAUUAAGUUCUGGAAAAUCAGCAAGUGAUUUACUUCCAAUACGUCCUUUAAUUGCAACCAAACAUGAAAAUGUUAAAGAAGGCUGUAUCAAUAAAUGUUGGACGAGAGAAAAUUUGUGUUUUAUUGGCAGUCAAUGUAUCAAUCAUUACAACAGUUUGACAUGUGAUUGUUUCGGAACAAGAUAUGAGGGAGAACGUUGUGACGUUUACACUGCGACAAUUUUAACUCUCCGAGGGUCUUCAUACGUGUCUUUCAGAGUUUACGAUUGGAAAGACCGAGUUCAUUCUUCUGUUAAUCGACUAAGUUUAAUGUUCAAAACACGUUGGGAUGACUCUGUACUGUUUUACGCAUCCGGCGAGAUAGACGGUACGGCUCACUACGUAUCAGCCAGCAUAAUUAAUAAAAAAGUUCAUAUUUCCCUUGACUUUGGUCACGACUCAAAGAUAACUACGACCUUAGGUGAUUACGUUAACUCGAAUCACUGGAAUAAUUUAACAAUAUUUCAUAAUGGCUCUCAAGUGACUGUAAGUCUUGAUUACGAAACUCAAAUACUUGAAAUACCUGGUGAUAAUCAUUACAUGAUUAUUGACCCGGAAAUUUAUAUUGGCGGGGGUCCUGAAUUGCACAAAAAAAGGGGUCUUAUGUCUUACAAUAAUUUUGCAGGCGCACUAAAGUACGUUUUUUAUAACGACAAGUCAAUAAUAUAUGAGCUCAAAAAAUCAAAUCCAAUGGUUCAUUACAUAGGAGUACUUCAACCAGAAUAUUAUGAAGUGGAUGUCGACGUAAUUCCAAUAACUUACCCGUUCGCGGGGAGUCAUAUCUGGUGGCCAAUAGCCAGAACUGAUUCUCUGAUGCUUAAUUUCGACUUCCAAAGCUCAGAACCGGUGGCCGUAGUCGCUUCUGGCGACGUUAAAAGCGACCAAGGUAUCGGAUACUGGGAGUUGAGACUUGUCAACGAUGAGAUGAGAUUUCAGUUGAUUCCAGUUUUAAGUGAAAAUAUAACUGUUUCCUCUUCCGUUAAAUUUCCGCCGGAUAACAAGACAUCUUGGCAUGCAGUUGAGCUCAAUUACACCAAGGGUGAACUCAACAUUAUUGUAGACUAUAGACAUAAACAGGGAAAAUUGUUCGCGAUGACCUUCGAACUCGGUGACAAAGUUAUUAUCGGUAGCGGUAAAAGCGAUGCAGGUUUAGUCGGUUGUAUGAGAAAUAUAAAAGUUAAUGAUGAAGUUAUUGAACCGCGGUAUGUUAUUAAUACUGAGAGAGUUGUUGGUGAAGUUGCUUUGGACAAUUGCCAAUUUGUUGAUCCUUGUAAGAGGCCAAACACUUGUGAACAUGGAGGAAAAUGUUCUGUCAAAGAAAACAAAAUUACUUGUGAUUGCAGCGAUACCGGAUACAUUGGAAAAAAUUGUCAUUUUGCGCAAUAUCGUAAAACCUGUGAAGAAUUGGCAUUAUUAGGAUACACCCAAGAUGACGUUUAUAAAAUAGAUAUAGACGGGAACGGUAGAUUUCCUCCAGCAUUAGUAAAAUGUGAAUUUCAAUCAAUCGAGGAUGCAACUAAAACAAUUGUGGAGCAUAAUUUACCAUCUCAAGUAGACGUAAGAUCAAUAGCGGAAGAUGAUUUUUCUUUCAAUAUAACUUAUCGGCAAUUUACCGGUGAAAUGCUGCAAGAAUUGAUUUCACACUCACUAUACUGCAGUCAGUACGUUAAAUAUGACUGCUACAAAGCGCCUUUGGACCUUCAUAGUGCCACUUGGUUCCACGGUUCCAAAGAAACGAUCGUUGAUCAUAUUGGAAAUGCUAAUCGUGGCUCCUGCCCUUGUGGAACAAAUAGAACAUGUGUAAAUCCGGAAUUAAGCUGCAAUUGCGAUGUUUCCGCUGGUAAAUGGCUUUCAGAUGAAGGUUACUAUGAAAGUCCUGACUCUUUAGGUGUCAUGAAGAUGGUUUUUAUUCAGCAGAAGGAUUUGGAAGACGACGCUCAAGGAAGGAUAACACUUGGGCCUCUAGAAUGCGUUGAAACAAAUACACAAAAAUACGUCGUUACCUUUACGACUUCCCAAUCGUACAUCGAAGUUCCAGGAUGGCGUAAAGGCGACAUAGCUUUUAGUUUCCGUACAACUGGAGAAAAGGCUAUUCUUUUAUACCAACCUCCGAUUAGAAGCAACUACCCUUCGUUUAUGGUCGUACUGACUUCUGAAUACCGCCUUACUUUUAAUUUUACUCUAAAUACCGGAGCGAAUCGUGAAAUGGAAGUGAAAAGCCGUCGAAAACUAAACAACGGUGAAUGGCAGAAAAUUUGGAUCGACUACAAUGACUACCAUGUUCGAUUUAUGAUCAAUACUGACUUCCAAAUGGUUGAAUUACUGCCUGAAGAAGAGUUUGGACCGUUUGAGGGCUCAAUGUUCAUUGGUGGAGCAACUGCGGAGCACUUGAAAACUUCAGAAGUAAGGCAAGGCUUGAUUGGAUGUUUCCGUGGUUUGGUUGUCAAUGGAGAAAUUUUGGACAUCCAUAGUUACAUGUCAGUUCACUUAUCAGAAAUUAUUAAAGAUUGUAAGCCAUCAUGUCAACCAAACAAGUGCCAAAAUGGUGCGAGAUGCGUCGAGCUCUGGAGUAAUUUCGAAUGUGUGUGCGAAAAUAAAUGGGCGCAUCAAGGAACAUUUUGCGAAACAAAUAUCAACAGCAAAGCACUGACAUUUUCAUCUCCGGGUGCAUUUCUGAAGAAGAACUACUUUGGGUCCGGUGCUGAUGAAGAGAAGCUACUGCUGAAGAGUAUGCUGAUGGAGAAUAUCCUGAUAAAUCUCCGGACCUACGACACCCACUCGCUAAUCCUGUACGCCAAUGACCACCUGAACAACUUUGCUCAUCUCUACAUAUCCAACGGGACCAGCAUUGUCUACUUGUUUAACACCGGGAACGAGAUAAAGAACAUCACCGUCCAGUAUCCAGGAGUAAACACCGGGAUAUCGGUUCAAAUCGCUAUUGUCAGAGGUCCAACUUCAACUACGCUACAUGUUAAUAAUCACAAUGUCACGCUGGAUGCUAUACCGCUCCUGCUGGAUACUUAUUCCAAUAAGCCGUGGAUCAAUCCAGAGAAGGAAGUCUUGGCACCACAACGACCACCUGCUCCGCCAACGGAUUACUUUCAAGUUAAUUUAGGAGGAUUUGAUCCAGACAAUCUUCUUCGGGUUGGAAAAGAAGGGAAUCUUAUUCAAGGAUACGUCGGGUGUCUUCGAGGUCUCAUGAUCGCUGAAUAUCUUGUAGAUCUUCCAAAUCUGGCUAGUGAAGCUAAUCACGAAGGAAGCAAAGGGGUUUUGCCAAAUUGUCAAAUGAAAUGUGACGCUAUGCCGUGUAAAAAUCUUGGAAUUUGCACGGAAGACUUUGGCAAGCAAGAAUCUUCUUGUAAUUGCGAGUUGACUUCUUAUUUUGGAGAAAAUUGUGCUGAUGAAAAAGGCGCUGAUUUCAGCGGUGAAAGUAAUCUGCAAAGAGGCUUUGAGUUAGAAGGCGAAGUAAAACAAGUUAAAGUUCAGUUGGCCUUUUCCACAAACGACUUACGGCAACGAACAUCAGCGUUAUUAUUACUACAAACUGAAAACAAGAGAACUUACUAUCUGCUGGUAGCAUUGACUUCGGAAGGUCAGUUGAUUUUUGAAGAGGAUAGAGAAGGUUCAACUUACGGAGUUCGAUUAAAUGAUAGGAAUUUUUUGAAUGGUGCAAGGCAUAGUGUUUAUUACGUACGAGAUAAUAAUACUGCUACUUUAAUGAUUGAUCGUGAACCUGUACAAUUAUUACCAAUUCCCGUUUUAAGUAUCAAUGACGAUGAUAAUGAUAAUCACCAGGAAGAAGAUGAAAGUCCUGGGUCUACUGAGAUUCAAUUAGGUGGCCUCAAUACCACUGAUCCUCGAUUUACUGCUUACAAAGGCUACACAGGGUGUCUCAGUAAUGUCAUUGUUUCUAUUAACGGAGGAGCGAUGAUGAAACCAUUAGAAGAAUAUAUGUUAUUUACUAAAAAAGGCAGUGAAACAGUGAGGGCGUCUAUUCCGGCGGGUGUCAGAAGUGCUCAAUGCGCUGUUUUUCAUGCUCAACCGCGAGGUCUCGAACCUCCAAGAAAUGACAGUGUCGGUCGAGAUAGAGCGUGGGUAGAAGACCCACCUGCAAGAGUUCCAUACAAAUCGAUAUACAAUGACGAAACUAAAGAAGAACAAGGAGCCGGCACCUAUAUUUUUAUAGUUCUCGUUUGUGUAUUUGUAUUUGCAGUACUUGGAUGUAUUUACGAAGUAAUAAGAAGUGCAAGACGUGAUCGGAAACGGAGACGAGCUCGUGCUUCAGCUGCUGUUUCAGGCAGCGGAUCUCCUGGCGGUUCUAAACGAUGGCAACCAACUUAUGCUAAUUCUGUCGUAGGUCCAUCUGGAGUUAAAACUGUCGGAUUUAAAACAAUUAUUGAAGAUGAAAAAAGACCCAAUGGUACUCAUAAUAAAAUUUCUGUUAAAGAGUACAAAUCGGUACCUAAUUCAGAGUCCAAAAAUGAUGUUUCUAAUGAUAAAAAAGUCUUUAUAAAAGAUGAAGAUUCAGAGAAGAAAGAAUUACUAGGGGUAAAUACAGGCACCGGACCAAAACCUGCGAAACCGAAUCCAUUUUCAAUGGAAGACUUAACUGAAGAGCCGGAGCUUGAAGAACGCGAGCAAGAAGAAGAAGAAGUAAACGAAGAAGAGGAGGAAGAUGAAGUUGACAAAAGUUCAACAAGUCCGGAAAUAGAAGCUCAAGUACUCGUCAAACCUGUUCCGAUCGUACGCAUAUUUGGAGUUAGACAACCAUCAAAAUCUCAAGCAACGAGUCCAGAUGGAAAAUUUAAAAUGCUCAACACCACUCCGAUAUUCUUAGGAGAAGACAUACGAACUUUUGAAAACCCACUGAGCUAUUUAGGUGGACCUAAAUUACAAUCUAGGAGCAGAACAUCUAUUGAAUCAAUAUUAUCUCUUGAUUAAUUGAACAUAAUGUAAAAUAAAUUUAAGUAAAUGUGUAACAGUGAAUUUGUGUGAUUAAUUCAUUGGAUGUAGCUAUAAUUGUAUAAUUGUAUGUUGAAGAUACCAACUAGUCAAGUUUUUGUUGACGUCGAUAUUAUUAUGUAUAAAAAUUGUUCAUCUGUAAAAAUAAUUUUGUUCAUAUAAUAAUUAAGAGUUAUAGGUUAAAAUAAAAAAUGUU